AUGGCAUCUCGUAGCCUCUUUGCCUCCUCGCCGGCGUGGCGCAGGUUAGCGACGCAAGCUCGAGGUGUCCCCCGCGUGGCACCAUCCAUCACCACCCGCAACUCCAGCUCGACCUCGGCCAUUGCGUACAAGGCCAUCCGCCGUCGACAAGCCCCCCUCCCCGUUGACCAGCCCCCAGCGUGGUCCGCCCAAGCGGCCGUCUCGAACAUCCUCUACGAAACCCCGACUCCCUCCGCCGCCCCCCCCAAGAGACACAUCCUCAACUGUCUCGUACAGAACGAGCCCGGUGUGCUCUCGCGCGUCUCCGGUAUCCUAGCAGCCCGCGGCUUCAACAUCGACUCGCUUGUGGUCUGCAGCACCGAGGUGGUGGAUCUCUCGCGCAUGACUAUCGUGCUCACGGGUCAGGACGGCGUCGUUGAGCAGGCGCGGCGGCAACUGGAGGACCUCGUCCCCGUCUGGGCCGUGCUGGACUACACGGGGUCCCCACUUGUGCAGCGGGAGCUGAUCUUGGCCAAGAUCAACAUCCUCGGCCCCGAGUACUUUGAGGAGCUUCUCGCUCACCACCGUGAGAUGGCGGCGGAAAGCCCCAACGGCGAAGGCAACGGCCAGGAGGUUAGCGACGCGAGCCUCGUGGAGGCGGCCAAGGACUUCCACCCGAGCAAGCUUGUUGCCAGUGAGGCGCUCCGCCACAAGCACGAACACCUAAAGAGCAUCACCUAUUUCGCUCACCAAUUCGGCGGCAAGGUUCUGGAUAUUAGCACUAACAGUUGUAUUGUCGAGGUAUCUGCGAAGCCGUCCAGGAUAGAUUCGUUCCUCAAGCUUAUUGCUCCCUUUGGCAUUCUGGAGUCGGCGCGCACGGGUCUCAUGGCUCUGCCUCGCUCUCCUCUAUACGGGCCUGACGAGGAUACUCACGUGAAGGAGGCGGAUGAUGUUGUCGACUACAGCCAGCUUCCCCCUGGCUAA